AGCAAAAACAGAAAAGAUCCCAACGCUAUCCCCUUCUUCUUCGUCAGGUAGGUUCACUUGCCAUUCCCCACCGUGCCCUAACCCUAACCGCCCAUGGGCAAGGGCCGCCCCCUUGCCGCUGCCGCCACCACCACCACCUCCGGCGGCGGCGUUUCCGUCCCUGAGGCGCCGGUUUUCCACCCCACGGAGGAGGAGUUCGCCGAUCCCCUCGCCUACGUCGCCGUUAUCCGCCCCCUCGCCGAGCCCUUCGGCAUCUGCCGUAUCGUCCCGCCGCCGUCAUGGUCGCCGCCACACGCCCUCGACUUCUCCUCGCUCUCUUUCCCCACCAAGAGGCAGCCCAUCCACCGCCUCAUCGCCCGCCCCGCCCCCGCUGACCCCGACACCUUCCUCCUUGACUACCGCCGCUUCCUCAGGGCUUCCUCCGGGCAUCGGCGAGGCCGCAAGAAGGGUCUUCCAAAGUCGCCAGCUCUCUCGGAUGGUCGCCAGCUUGACCUCUGCCGCCUGUUCCAUGCCGUGAAGAGGUUCGGUGGGUACGACGGUGCCUGUGAGGGGAAGCGGUGGGGCGACGUGGUCCGCCUAGUUGAUGACAAGGCACCAAUGCAUGUAUCGGAGUGUGCCAAGCAUGUGCUUGCACAGCUUUAUUACGAGCAUCUGUAUGAGUACGAGAAGUUCACCAACAGAUCGGUGUCACAGGAUGGGAAGAAGGGGAAGCAACCAGAGCUGGAAUCUGAUGAUCAACCGUCAGUUUCUGGUUCACAGGAUGAAGGGAGGAACAAUUCCGAUACUGGAGCGAUGGAUGAGGAGGUUUCAGGUGUUACGAGCCAGAAAAGAAGUGUCAUCCGUAGGAAAGCGGGUGGAAGAACUUCUCAUGGCCGCCACGGAAAUGGUGGUGACAUCACUGGAAAUAAUGUGGCGUCUGCUGGUGCUAGGAAGCGGAAAAGGAGAAAGUCUGACGCUGUGGUUGCUGUGGUCAGUGAGGUGUCUGCUGGUGCUCGGAAGAGGAAAAGAAGAAAGUCUGAGGCUGCGGCUACUGUGGUUAAUGAGGCAGUGGAUCAGGUCUGUGAGCAGUGUAAUAGUGGGUUACAUGGGGAUGUCAUGCUCCUAUGUGAUCGUUGUGAUAAAGGCUGGCAUUUGUAUUGUUUGUCGCCCCCGCUUGAGAGAGUGCCUCCUGGGAACUGGUAUUGCUCAGACUGCAUGAACUCCGAUAGAGAUUGUUUCGGAUUUAUCCAUAGGAGGAAGACUUGCUUGCUUGAGACUUUCCAGCGAUUUGACGAGAGGGUGAGAAAGAGAUGGUUUGGGCAGAGGAAUCCCAGCCGUGUUCAAGUCGAGAAGCAGUUUUGGGAGAUCGUGGAGGGGAAGGCAGGGGAACUAGAGAUUAUGUAUGGGAGCGACUUGGAUACUUCAGUUUAUGGAAGUGGCUUCCCUCGUCUUGGUGAUCCGGUCCCAUCAUCGGUAGAUCUGGAGGUGUGGCAGGAGUAUUGCUCGAGCCCGUGGAAUCUGAACAAUUUUCCAAAUCUGCCAGGCUCAGUUCUUAGAACAGUCCGGGAUAAAAUUGCUGGUGUAAUGGUCCCUUGGCUCUACAUAGGGAUGUUGUUUUCAUCAUUUUGUUGGCAUGUCGAGGACCAUUGUUUCUAUUCAAUAAAUUAUUUACAUUGGGGUGCGCCAAAAUGUUGGUAUGGAGUACCUGGAGCAGAAGCAAAUGCUUUUGAGCAGGUUAUGCGCCAGGCCUUACCUGAUCUGUUUGAUGCACAACCUGACCUGCUUUUUCACCUUGUCACAAUGCUGAAUCCAUCUAUUUUACGAGCAAAUGGUGUUCCUGUUUAUAGUGUGAUGCAGGAACCUGGCAACUUUGUCAUUACUUUUCCUAGGUCAUUCCAUGGUGGCUUCAAUUUAGGUUUAAAUUGUGCUGAGGCUGUAAAUUUUGCUCCCGCUGAUUGGUUGCCUCAUGGUGGAAUUGGGGCUGAAUUAUAUCGUUUGUACCGUAAAGCGCCUGUUUUGUCACAUGAAGAACUCCUAUAUGUGGUUGCAAAGAAUGGUGUGGACUCUGAGUCGCUUCCCCACUUAAAGGGAGAAAUAGAAAGGCUUUUUAUAAAAGAGAGAAGAUGUCGAGAGGAGUUAUGGAUUAAUGGGAUUGUUAAAUCCAGUCCAAUGUCACCACGGAGUAACCCGGACUUUAUUGGAAGUGAAGAGGACCCUACAUGCAUUAUUUGUCGACAGUAUCUGUAUCUUUCAGCUGUUUCCUGUAACUGUAGGCUGUCUUCUUAUGUUUGCCUUGAGCACUGGAAGCACCUUUGUGAAUGCAGUCCAGAGAAGCAUUGCUUACAUUAUCGCCACACCCUUGCAGAGUUGGGUGAUUUAGUUUGCGAGGUCUCUUUGGCUAGUCUCCCAGGGGACAAUGUUAAGCAGAACCCGCAAUUGCUCAAUGACGUUUGUGUGCCGUCUAAAAAGGUCAAAGAUCGCUAUAUAUCAUAUGUAGAUCUUGCAGAAGAAUGGCUCUUGAAAUCUGAUCAUAUUCUCCAGAUGCCAUUCGUAGAUAGUGCAUAUGCCACUGCCUUAGAAGAAGCUGAACAAUUUCUUUGGGGUGACCAUGCCAUGGAUUCUGUCCGGAAUAUAACACUAAAACUAACAGAAGCUAUGAACUGGGCUUUGGGUGUUAGAAAAUGUCUCUCCAAAAUUGAGGAUUUUCAGCUUUGUAAAGGCAAUUGUUCUGAUAAAGUAAAUUAUGUGGAGAUUGAAGAAUUAGUUGCUGUGAGAUGUAUCCCCUGCUGUGAGCCUAAUCUUACAAAACUUCAGGUCUAUGCAGAGAAAGGAAAAAUGCUGAUUAGUGAAAUAAACAUUGCAUUGUCAUCACACUUGAUGGUCGACAACUUGGAAACAUUGUACUCUAGGGUUUCAAAAUUCCCAGUUAACCUAACAAAAUCAUCAACCUUGUCUUGUGAGAUCUCUUCUGCAAAGUCUUGGUUGAAGAAAGCAAGAGAUUGCCUUGAACAGAAUAAACUGGGCAUCGUUGACAUAGAUGUCCUUGAUAAACUGAAAUUAGAGUUGGUACAACUUCGAGUUCUAGUUCCAGAGAUUGAUCUUAUUUCAGAACUGUGGAAAGAUGCCGAAUCAUGGCGAAUGCGUUGUCAAUUAUAUCUCCAAGACUCCCCUGGUCUAAAGGAGCUGGAGAGUUUCCUCCUUGCUGCAAAUGGUGCCAAGUUCAGCAUUCCAGAGCUGAACCUUCUUAAGCAACGUCACUCAGGUGCUUGCUCUUGGGUGAAUCAUGCUAAUAACAUACUCGGAAAACUUUAUGCAAGGAGUGACUAUCACAAUGUUAUUGAGGAGUUGAUAGUCAUUCUGAAGGACGGAGAAUCACUGAGAGUAGAAGGCAUGCUGUUUGAUGAAUUGCCGAUUGUUGAGAAAGAACUAAAGAGGUCCUUAUGUAGGAAGCAAGCAUCUGAGGCUCUUGCAACAGUAAUGUCCAUGGAGGUGGUUGAAGAAGUUUUGAAAGAAGCUUCCAUGCUAACUAUUGAAGAGGAGCAACCGUUUGUCGACCUGUCCCGGAUGCUCAAAGAUGCCACUGCUUGGGAAGAGAAGGCUAGACUUAUUCUUGAGCAAUCAGCUUCUCUCUCUGAGUAUGAAGACCAUAUGCGGUGCUCAGAGAAUGUAAGAGUUAUCCUUCCGUCUGAACUGCGUAUGAAAGCAGAGGUUGAUAUUGCUAAGUUGUGGAUAGACAAAUGUCAAACCUAUCUGAGACCUAGGUGCAAUAAACUUGCAUUUGGAGGCUUUCUUAAAGUUGAUGAUCUCAAGGAUUUAAUCAAUCAGGCUGCAAGUUCGAAAGUCAUCCUUGACACUUCAGCACUUAAUUUUGUUCUCAACAAUGUCAAAGAAUGGGAAUGUAAUUCACUAAGUUUAUUAUGCAACUUGGGAACCUUACUUAAUUUGAAUGUUAUUGGCUCUUCAGUUGACCCACUUCAACGAGAUUUGGAGGAGCUGCAAGAUAAAAUGAACGCAGAAAUAGAAAGUGGAAUAUCUCUUGGAUUUGAGUUUAGGGCUCUUCAUCAACUGAAGGAUUCUUUGUUGAUGCUUAGAUGGAUAUUGGACGCACUGUCUCGGUGCUGCAUGAUUCCCUUGUUGGAGGAUGUUGAUAGAUUAAUUGAAGAAGCAGUCCACCUUCCUGCCUCUUUGUUGGACUGCUCUUUGGCUAAAUUGUUAAUGAGGGGUUUGUCUUGGCUAAGAAAAGCACUUAGUUUGCUUCCUGAUUCUGAAAUAUCUGCAAAGUCUAAAUUGAAAGAUGUUGAGAAUAUUUUAGCAGAAUUCAAGGAAAUUGAAGUUCCUUAUCCUGUGAUGACUGCCAGGCUUGAGGAUGCUGUAAACAAACAUAAUUCAUGGACAGAGCAGUGUAACACCUUCUUCAUGUUGCCUGAUCACCAGUCUUGGGCUGGGCUUCUGAGGCUGAAAGACAAUGGUCAGUCUGUUGCAUUUGAUUGCUCUGAGAUGGAUAAAGUUGUUCUUGAGGUUAAAAAGGUUGAGGAGUGGUUCACUCAGUGCCAGACUUCUCUGUUUCUGGAUGGUAAUGAUAGUGCGUCUUUGCUCUCCAUACUUCGCAAGAUCAGAGGAUCAUUGAACGAUGUUUGCACGAUAUAUGUCGAGGAUUGUAAGAAGAAAGGCUUGUGCGCCAUCUGUUCAUGUGACAUGGUAGAUAUUGUAGCCUCUAGAUGUGUGACAUGUCAAGACAGGUACCAUGACUCUUGUGUGGAAAACGUGCUCGCUUCUACACAAAUAACAAGUGAAUGGAUUUGUCCAUUUUGCUCACAUUUACAAAGUGAGGAUCCAUUAGAGAACAAAAUACAAGUAAAGAUGUCUAAAGGGAACCGUCCUGCACUUACUGCACUUAUCAAACUCCUCUCUUUUGCGAAGGGUUUCUACACAGGGAUUGAGGAAUUGGAUUUGCUGGAAGAAAUUGUCAAGAAGGCUUGUAACUUGAAUGCGUUUUUGAUGCAAAUUUUGAAUGAUUCAGAUUCUUAUCAUGGAGAAGAUCUUAAUGUCAUAUGCAAAUCUCUUCUAGUUGCUCUAAAGGCGACAUCAGCUUCUGGCUUAGAUGAUCACCAUGUCAGCUGCAAACUUGAGUUUGUGUUGAGCAGAUAUUUGUGGAAGAAACGAAUACAUGGACUCUUGUGUGGUGGAAAAAAGGCAUCGAUCCAAGAAGUGUUGCGCCUUGAUAAAGUGGGUUCAAAUUUAGAAAUAUGUGGUGAGGAUUUCUUCAAGUUGGAGGUUAGUAAAAUAAAGGAAACCAGUCUGCAGUGGCUGGCCAGAGCAGAAAAGGUUGCAUUUGAUUCUGGUGAGCUUGCACUUGAUCUUGUGUAUGGACUUAUUAUGGAAGGGGAAAAUCUCUCUGUACAUGUUGAGAAGGAACUAAAGUCACUAAGAGAUCGCAGUGUUCUCUACUGCAUUUGCCGUAAGCCAUAUGAUAACAGGGCCAUGAUUGCAUGUGAUCAGUGUGAUGAGUGGUAUCAUUUUGAUUGUAUCAAUUUGCUUGGACCCCCUCCAGAAACCUUCUUUUGUCCUGCUUGCCAUCCAAAUAAUGGUGAAGAGUCUAUACUGCUUCCACGCUCAGACCGUGAUGAAGAUAGAUCAAGCACCGGAGCAGGACCUCACACUCCCCCAGCAUGCUGUGGUGAAUCAGAAAUAGUGUGCGCGAAGGGACGGGAGAAAUCUGAGAUUAGGGUUGAUUUAAUAAAGCUUCUGCGCCGUCAUAGUGAAAUUGAUAGCUCGUGGAGGGAGAGCAAAAGGAUUCUGCAUCGAACAGCUAGAAGACGUAGUAAUGUUGUCGGACUUUUAUGACGCGUUGUAGAAUGUAGAGGUUGUUGAUUCUUUUAUAUGUGCUGAUGGAUUCAUUCUGUUCGCUGUCGUGUUUCAAAACAGCCUUGCUCCGUUCAAUGCAGCACGACAUUAAUUCACUUGUUGUAACAUUUGAGAUGCUUGCAUUGCAUGAUCAUUGGUUGCUGCUAUUU